UUUUGUUACAGUUCUGCUUUGUGAACAUCAGCAGAAAAAGGAACUGAGUGUGAUGUUGAGCUGUAAACUGCAAACACUGCAGCACUGCCAUGGCCUUGUAUAAGACGUUCAUCAUCUGGGUUUGUUCUUCUGUUCUACUCAUUGGAUGGGUUCUCACACAGGAUCAGCCGCACUGGGCUACGAGUGAGAUAAGCCACUCUUGUAACUGGACCUGCAUGCUCUUCACACUGCAGUGGCCAGGAAGCUUCUGUCUGAACAUCGACAAAAAAAACAUUUGCAGGAUACCAGAGAAUAUCCAGAACUGGACUAUCCAUGGCCUUUGGCCUUUGAAGGGUCAUUACUGCUGUAGCUGUUGGCCAAUAUUUCAAUCUCAUCUUCAGGAAUUGGAGCCAGAAAUCUCUCAGCUUUGGCCUUCAUUAAUAAAAACAAGGAGCAACUUCGCAUUCUGGAAAGACGAAUGGCUUAAACACGGAACAUGUGCAGGUUGUGUGGAGAACAUGAGUUCUCCUUUUCUCUUCUUCAAGACGGUUCUCAUGCUGCGGCUCCUCUACAGCUUCGAUACCAUUUUGGAAAAAGCCGGCAUUAAACCUUCCUGCAACAUUUCAUAUAAGUACGACGAUCUGCACGGUGCACUGAAACCAAUGCUUGGAGAUGACUUUGUGUUACAGUGUGUGAAGGAUGAGAAGGAAAGAGAGGCGUGGCUUCAGUUAAAGAUCUUUGUUUCGAAGAAUGUGACUCUUGGAUGCCAUGCGGUAGAGGAACUCAAGAGCAGCAGGGUGACGAACACUUCUUCCGGACACCCCUGUCCCAAAAACGCCACCAUUUUCUACUUCCCUAUAAACCACGAGCAUCCUGAACAACCAUGCCUCUGAACACAGCAAUAGUCAGUGUUCUCUCUGGUACUGACUAUAGAGGCUUUCAUGCCACCCUGAGUAAUCUGCUUAUAUGUUAGUCUGUAUUAAGGGACUUGGCAGUUUCUGUAAAAAAAAAAGUUUAAGACUGAAAGGAUAAUUGAGCAUGCUCAUAUAGCCACAGCACCUGGAUCAUGUUGAAAAUUUUUUUUUAUUGACAUGGAAUCCAUUUUCCAGAAAGCAAGACAUGGGUGAUGAUCUACAGCCACUAAAACAACACUGACUAAAAAAAAAAAAAGCAAGUCAUUUGAAUUACUAUUUGAUUGAACUCUAUGAUGGGACACAAAACCACAAAUAAAAAAAAUAAAAAAAAAAAAA